AGCAUAGGGAGAGAUAGCGCAGUAUUUGUAAAUAAAACUACAAGAUCCAUGGGUAAAUGUUCUUCCCUCAGAACUGAUACGCUCCCCCUUUCCGCCAACGCCUCCCAUGACACCUCCCUGUUUGUCGCUCUGCUAAAGAUGGCGUCUGUGCUAUACCAAGAUUAUUGCGUUUGCUUGAUUAUUUAAAUGUCGAAUGAAGAAAGGUUUAGUUAAUGAAAAUGCGGUGUCAGGUUUAGGAAGAGGAUUAAAUACAUGUAUGAGGUGAAAGCUUGUAGCUAUUUUCAGCUAAACAUUGGUGAGACCUACUUUCUUUCGCAGGCCUAAAAUAAUUCGGAGAGCGGACGAAUGGUUAAAAAAAACUACAACUCCCAGCAACACUGCGUAGAGGCGUUGCCUGGUUAUAACUUUUUUCGUUUGUAAUGAUGGUGACUGUAGUUUUUUUGCAGGCUCAGUCCCUUCUUGACAUGGAUUUAAACGUUAUUGACUACGGUUUUUAAAUUGACUGUUAAACUGUUAAUUAUAUUUGAUGGACGUUUAUGUAAGUCUUAAAAGCGUUUCUAGGAACGUCCACCAAACCUCUGCUCUGAUACACCCUGUCACAUAGGCUACUGAGUUUGGAGGUAGGACUGUGUAGUUGUCAUGGCCACACAUGGCCACUUAAAAAACUCUAAUGGUAGCACCAAAGAAGGGUCCUCUGCACUACCAGAGUCUUCUUUGACCUGGUGUAUUUCCCAGUUGUCCAAAGUAUCACUUGCAGCAAGCAAUCAGAGCAAUGUUUCCCAAGAGACAGAGCCCAAAAAUAAGGAAGGUAGGGACAAGACCAGAGACAUUCAGAAGAAGCUUCAAGCCAGUCAGUGGCGAGCACUGGUGGCUAUCCGGACGCAGCACAUCAAAGGGGGAGACAGCAGGAUAAACAGGUUCAGAACACAGGGGGGUCUCCCACCUCUGUUGGACCUCCUUAGAAGACCUGACAGCUCCAGGAAGACCCUAGACCUUGCCCUCAGCAUUCUUGCCAACUGCUGCACUGAGAGAGAAGCACGAAGAGAGGUCAGAAAGCUGGAAGGAAUAACAGUGAUUGUGGAUGUUAUGAAGAGAAACGUUGCUGUGGAGACUUUAGAGAACAGAGGUGCUCGGGCCUUAGGGAACCUUGCGAUGGAUCCUGAUGGCUCUGCUUUGGUUCAUUCUGCUGGCGGAGUCCCCCCUCUCCUCCUCUGCCUCUCUCUUUCGCCCUCAACCCCGUCCUCCUCCUCCUCUCCCAACCCCUCCUCCCCGUCAUCGCCCUCCUCUGUCUCUCCGUCCUCCCUCCCGUCCUCUGCCAAGCUGGAGUGCGCUCAAUCGGCCGCCCGCGCUCUCCUCUACCUGGCGGACACCCCUGCCAACCGCCUGUCGCUGCUCUCUCAGGGGGCCAUGCCUGCCUUGGCCCCACUCAUGUCGCCAGAGCUUCCGUUGGGCCUCAGACGGGCCUCCCUCCGUGCCCUCCAUGAGCUCACCAGGGGCUGUGGUGCCGAGUGUGCCCGGGAGGUGUCACGGUCUGGGGCACUGGCUCAGCUUGGGGCCCUGGUCUCAGAGGAAGCAGCCAAGCCCCUGGAGGAGCUGGCACUGAAGACCUUGGCCAACCUCUGCUCGCAAGGCUGCCUGCGACCUCUUGUGGGCUCACUAGGGGCCAUUCAGAAGUUUUCCGAGGAAGUGAAGAAGGACCCCUCCAAGUCUGGAGUUUUGCUCAAGGCUCUCUGCUUGUGUUGCAAGGAGGCAGUGAACCGGGUCAAAGUCAAGGAGAGUGGAGGGUUGGAGGUCCUGAUUGGCUUCCUGUCUGCCCAUCAGAAUCAUCCACUCACGCGACUGGCCAUUCUGGCUUGUGUGGAUUUCGUCUAUGACGAAUCGGCCUUGGAGCAGCUGCAAGAUCUUGGACUGAUACCACUGCUAGUGGCACGAUUGGUUGAGUACGCUAAAGGGGAGGAGCCAGUGGCCAAGUCAGAUUCCAGCCCCUCCUCAGCAAGUGAUUUGAUGUCUCCGUCAUGUUUUGAUUCCUUUGACUUUCCACACCCUGAUGGGAACAAAAAAGAUGAUGUUGGGAAGGAGCAGGGCUCGGGCUCAUCUAGCUUUCUCAGCCUGAGGUCCUGGCUGGUAUCUGAAGGUCUGAUAUCCUCUGAAGGAGAGCUUCUGGAGUCUCCCGCUAGCACGGAGAGUGACUGUGGGGGUUCACUGGCCUCUUCACCCUCAGUGGCAACCUCACCCUUUACGCCAAUCUCAGAUGCUAGCUCAUCUGGCACAUGUCUCUCUCCGACCUCGUCAGUCCAUUCUCAGUCCAGCGUCUCAUCUGUAUCCAAGCCAGGUCUUCUGCCUCCACUGAACCAGCUCACAGUUCCACAUUCCUCACAGAGAAACGUGCCACUGUCUCCCAGCAACCCUCAAAGUCCGCCUCUGUGCACCUCUGGCCCCAAACCUACCAGUCCUUCCAAGGUGUGCUCCCCGCCCAAGAAAAGACCCAGAGUUUCCUCGUUAUCGUCUUCCUCCUCCCACUCAUCCGCCUCCUCUUUCUCCUCCUCCACCUGUUCCAGUGUAGUCUCACUGGACGCCCCUCCAGUGCUGUCCAGAACCCCAGCAUACCACCACCCGUACCACCCAGAGCCAUGGGCCCCAGAAUCUCCCAUCCUCUUGUUACUCUCUCGCUUCUCCCACGCCUCUGAUCCAAGCGCGACACUGGUCAAUUCAGGCGUCCUCUCCAGCCUCCUCUACUACCUCACCCAUCACAAGGACCCCAGCGGCCGCUGCUUCCGCAUGCUGAGCCGCCUCAGCUGCAACCCUAACUGCCUGCAGGCUCUGCUGCGCACUGGUGCUGUGUCCAUGAUUCACCAGGACCUCUGUCUUAGAGGCAGCAGCAUCAGAGUCCGCAGAGGCCAGGAGAGGCAGACAGAUAGGGUGAAGGCUAAAGUCAGACAAUUAGGUCUUGGCUUGCUCAGUAACUUGCGAGUUCAGUGUGAAGCAGGCUUUGGCACAGGAGUUAUGUCUCAUAUCAUGCUGUCUGGUAUAGAGGUGGACCGGCUGUUCUGUGCUCUUUCUUUACCUCUGAUUUGCAGCAACAAAGUCCUUUUGAAGAAGCUCCUUUUUGACAACAGAGGUCUCAUGCAGGCACUGGAGCCCCUUUGUUGUCAGGCUGACAGCAAGGAUGACAACAAUCAUCCAGAGAGAUGCAAAACCUUCCUCUCGUGCUGGCUUUGCCCACCGCAGGAAGUGACCUUAUCUCGAUUCCACUUGCUGUACUCCUCUCUCCUGAUUGGCUGCCUUUCCAAUCUGCUAGUACAUUCCAAGGCAGAGCUAGACCAAAAGAAAGGGAGCGUAGAGCCACAGGUUACCGUAGAAACCCCUUUAAGUCCCAACACUGCUCUUGUCCCUCUAAAAGGAACAGGAAAUGAUUUGCCCCCCUCACCAAAAAAGCCAUGCCUGUCUAGCAGCUGCUCUUACGCUGACGCCACACAUAACAUCUUUCUGCAGCUGGAUGAUGGCACCCAGGUCCCUGCUUGUUGGGAGGCUUUGGCAGGUGGUGAGGGGGAGUCGGGUGACGGAGGCUCAGAGUACUUCAGAGCCUUGCUGACCGGAGGGUUCGGUGAAGCUCAGGGCAAAGAGGGGGAGGCCAUUCUGGUCAAGGAUGUAAGGUAUGGUGUGCUGAUUCCUGUGCUACACUACCUGCAUGGCUGUCGCCUGACAGAUAGAGAAAGAGGGCAAGAGCAGGAGGAGGACACAGGUGAGGGUGGUCGAGGACGAUGUUGCCUCCUAGAGUCGCUGACUCUGAAGUCCUGGGACUCCCCAGAUUUCCAGAAGACUGCUUUGGCUGAGGGGAUGGUCGGGGCAUGCCGUUUUUUGGUGACCGGCUUACAGAGAGCCACAGAGGACAUGUGUGUGACCUUGCUCCACACCUUAGCCACUAAACCAGCUUCAUUGUCUUUACCUCAGAGGUCACCCAAACCAGUUCCGGGUGGAAUUCCCAGACCACUGCAGUCCAGUAAAGUUGUGAAGAGCCCUUUGCAAUCAGGACCAAAGUCCACCCCCAAAACUGUCAAACAGAACCCUAAGGUGGGGAGCAGCUCGGAAGUGGAGCAGGUUCCUCGAACACCCCUAAAGUUGCCGCAAGACACCUCGUCUUCAGCCACUGAAGGGACCUUAGUUAGCAACUGCACACUGGCGCCUCUGCUGCCACAACUGUAUUGGUUCUCCCAGCGCUACAACUACCCUAGACUGGGACGGGCAUGCCUGUCCAUACUGCUGCGUCCACAGGGAGUGAAUCGCAUGUCGCCCGCUGCCUCCCUUCCACCAGUCCAGGCAGCAGACUGCCUGCUGCGGCUGGUCAAGCAUGCAGAUUGCCAGGAGAGUUUGAAACGGGAUCUGCUAGGACUGGCAGCAGCAGCUCUUAGCUGAGGGGGGUGUAGAGGUUACAUGGAGCAGGAAAGGGCAACACAGGGUUGAGGAGAAAUUAAAUGAAAGUGGUUUUACCGCCACUCUACCAUUUGAUCCGUUUUUGUUGUAUGGUGUAUUAAUAUCAUAACUUAUUCCUUGCCAUGAUAGAAUGUCCUUGUUUACUUUUUUUCUUGCCAAUUCCAAAGCAUUUUUGUCUUUGUACAAUUUUGUUUUAAAAAACUCUAAAAGUUUUGGGCAGAGCACCCUGUUAAUCUUCAUAGUGUCAACACCCCAUUGGAUAUACCAUAUGCUUAUGAAGUGUCAAUAUGUGUAACAACCAGUACAGGGACUCCUUUGUGUUUACUUUAUAUUUUUGUACUCCUCAUUUUGUAAGUAUUUUUUGUAAAUAUGUAAAACAAGACUUUGCCAAGAUAAGCAUGGAUCGAUGAGCUAAGUUUGAGUGAUUGGUGUCUGGUAAAUAUGCUCUCCUCAGUUAUAUUUUGUUUGUGUCAUAUGUAGGUGUUAUAGAAAAAUGGUAUUUUUCCAUUGUACACAGAAAUACUAGUAUAAUCUACCAGCCAUCCUCUCAUUCUAACCAAGUCACAUAUGUAUAUAGUGUAAAUGGAAAAUCUUAUAGAGAUGAAAGAUGUAUAAUGAGAUGUGACUCUUUACAAAGACAAAUCCUAAUAAACCAGACACAAAGAUUUGA